AUGGCCGUCGAGAGCCAGGGGCCCGCGCUUCUCGCUGUAGGCGCUUGUUUUUUGACACUUGCAUGGGUUUGUGUUCUGUUGCGAGCCUAUGUCCGCGUCUAUCUCGUCAAGGCGUUUGGACUUGACGAUUGGCUCAUCGUAGCGUCUGUGAUACUCUACUCAAUACACAACACUUGGAUGCUCAUUGGUAUUCACUAUGGAACUGGUCGGCAUCAUGCUGACCUCCCGGUCGAUGGUAUCCAACAUGCCAUGAUGUAUUGGUACCUCGAUUUCAUAGGUUAUGCAUUAACCAUGAUUACUUCAAAGGCGUCCAUUGCCGUCUUCCUCCUUAGGAUAACGUCGUCGACCCGCUUGCAUUCGUGGAUCAUUUACAUCUCCCUCUGUAUAACAACGGUCACGACAACCGCCUUCAUGUUCGUUUGCAUGUUUCAGUGCCAGCCCAUCCCCUACUUUUGGACUAGGCAAGGCGACGGGAAAUGCAUCGGUAUCAACGUCAUUAUCACUCUGACAUAUACGUUCAGCACGUUCAGCAUAGCCACCGACUAUGUCUUCGCCUUCCUCCCAAUUGCCAUUGUGUGGAAUUUGAAGAUGAAGAAGCGUGCGAAAUGGCUGCUGGUUCCCAUCUUCCUCCUAGGAAGCGUUGCAAGCUCUGCGGUCGCCGUUCGUUUUGCAUACGUAGAGACAUUCCGAGAUGCUGACUAUCUUUGGGCCACCGCGCCAAUCGCCGUCUGGUCCAACGUCGAGAUGGGCCUCGCCAUCACAGCUGCCAGCCUUGCUACAUUGCGUCCUCUCGUCCGUACCAUCAGCGCCAGCCUGGGCUUCUCGAGCAGCGGGGGACCGUCGGGGCCCUCUGGCGGACCAUCUCACACUCUGAACGGCACCGCCGCGGGCUCCUCUGCCUUCGACCGUUCCCGUACCAAGAGGCAGCUGACGAGGAACGAGGAGGACCACGACUCGGACGAAUUCAUUGACAUGACCCAUUUUGCCGACCACUCCACCAACGCCUGGGCAGGAGAGGGGAAUGCCGCCGCUGACCACAUGUCGAAGAUAAUGAUCACAAAGGAGACGGAGGUGACUGUGACAUCGCUACCGAGUGAUUCAUCUCCACCAAACGUCCCGUUCUGGAAGAGGAAGGCAUCCGAGAGAGAGAUGAGCGAUAAUGAGAGCCAGGAGGUGCUCCGAUCGGAGGGAACGGACGACGCGACGAAGGAUCACCGGCCAGUGGUGCCGAAGAGCUUUUUGCCAAAGCGAGAUGGGUCCCAGACUCAGAAUUGA